AUGGGAAUUCGGUCAAUCGAUUUAUCGAUCUGGCGCCGGCGUACAGAGCCCUGUGUAGUCACCUCCAGUCUUGCGCCGUCGGUCGCUGAUUGGCCAACAUGCCUUAUAACUGUUGCUUGUUCUGCUGCUGCUGCUGCUGCUGCUGCUGCUGCUGCUGCUGCUGCUGCUGCUGCUGCUGCUGCUGCUGCUGCUGCUGUUGCUACCUCUGACGAUGGACUCCUGCACGCGUCUGAAAGCUCAGGACAAUAA